GCCACACUGCCAGUCUGCCAGCAGUGCUAGUAGUGGUCUGAAUCGUCGGGUCGGAUUUGGAAAGACUUUCAGCAGCAGUGUGCAGUGCACUUGUGCAGCAGUGUUCGUCAGUGUUCGCUGCUCGCCCUGCGUGGUACGGUUUAGUACACGUUGUUCUCUCACCGCUUGCGUCGUGUUUGCGCUCGCAACGUCAGUCUGUUCUCGACUUCGACGGGCAUCCAGCAGUCACCUGGACAUCCGGCAUCGCGACACCCGUUAACGUAAGCCGAGUCCUCGAAAAUGCAGUACCUUCUACCAUUAUGUUUAGUAGUUUUAAUAAUACAGACGUCGAUCGCACCGCCUGUAGAAAAAAAGAAGGAAGAUAAUAAAGACAAGGAGCACGAGGUUUAUAAUGAUGAAGAUUUAGAUAAGUACGGUGAAUAUCAAUUGGAAUAUCAUCGGUACCUGAAGGAGGUGGUCCAGGCUCUAGAAAGUGAUCCGGAAUUUCGCGCAAAGUUGGAAAAAGCCAACGAAGCGGAUAUACAUUCAGGCAAGAUAGCGCAUGAGCUGCAGUUCGUGGACCACAAGAUCAGAACGAGGUUGGACGAAUUGAAACGAGAAGAAUUGGAGAGACUCCGACAUCUUGCCACUAAGGAACAUAAUUUAGUGAAUGGACUAGAUGUAGACCAUUUAAAGAUAGCAGAAUAUUUAGAUCAUUCUAAUACGCAUACGUUCGAGAUAGAAGAUUUAAAAAAAUUGAUUGCUAAGACCACGAAAGACUUAGCAGAAGCCGAUAAACGGAGACGGCAACAAUUUAAAGAAUAUGAGAUGCAGAAGAAAUUCGAAGAAGAACAAAAGAUGAAGGGUAAUACUGGUAUGAAGGAGGAAGCGAGGAAGAAAUAUGAGGAAGAAUUAGAAGCGAUGAAGAAGAAGCACAAGGAACACGAACCUUUGCAUCAUCCUGGUAGUAAACAACAAUUGGAAGAGGUAUGGGAAAAGCAAGAUCAUAUGGAAGAUCAAGAUUUUGAUCCCAAGACAUUUUUUUACCUUCAUGAUUUAGAUGGCAAUGGUUUUUGGGACCAGGACGAAGUAAAAGCCCUGUUCUUGAAGGAACUGGAUAAACUUUACAGCGAAGGUGCACCUGAAGAUGACAUUUAUGAAAGACGGGAAGAAAUGGAAAGAAUGAGAGAACACGUGUUUAAUGAAGCUGAUCUUAAUCACGAUGGCCUCAUAAGUUAUCAAGAAUUUUUAGAACAAACGAAGAAACCCGAUUUCCAACAAGAUGAAGGAUGGCAGGGAUUGGAUGAGCAACAAAUUUAUUCUCAGCAAGAGUAUGAAGCUUUUCAGAGACAAAGACAGGAAGAACUCCAAGGAAGAAUUGCCAAAGGAAUGUUACCACCAUCCCCUGAUGCACAUCUACCUGUCCAACAUGAACAGUUCCCACCGCAGUAUCAACAGCAGUAUCAUCCACAAGUACCUCCUUCGCAACAACAAUAUCCAGGACAAGUACCACCGGUAGGCCAUAUACCGCAAUAUCAAGGUCAAAUACCGGUGCAGCAACAACCAUAUCAACCUCAAGUGCCACCACCUCAGCAACAUUAUCCUAAUCAGAUUCCACAACAGCAACAAUACCAAGGACAACAACUGCAGUAUCAAGUACCAGUACCACAACAGCCUCAGUUCCAGGCUCACCAGCAGUAUCAGGGCCAACCUCAGCAAGCGCAACAAUUCCAUGGUCAGCCUCAACAAAUCCAACACGAAACCCAAGGCCAACCUCAGCAAGCGCAACAACAAACCCAAAGUCAGCCUCAGCAGGCUCAACAAACACAACAACAACAACAAAUACAGAAUCAAGUGCCACAGAAUACUCAGAGUAAUGUUCCAUCGAGUAAUCAAGGCGCCGCCCAAGCCAGUCACAAUCUUCCGCAGCAACAAGAUUCGAUACCUAAACAACAAAUCAACCAGAACAGUAUACCACACUAGAUAACGCGAUACGAAUAGUUGAUAAAAAUAUUUUAGCUCAUUUCUUUUUAAAUCGUGAACUAAUAAAAAAUAUUGCGGACAGUUCUCAAUUUAAAAAGACUAUAUGAGAUUCCAAAAAAUUUAAUUUCGGAGAAGUGCAACCAAAAAUAUAGAUAUAUAUUUUACAGCAAAAAUAUAGACGAUUUUUCUUUUGUAUCGUUUUAAGAUUUAUGUCGUUACAUCGGCCAUAUUUAGUUAUGACGUGAAAAACAAAAUAAAUUCUUUAUUUGCAAUUUACAUAUUUUUUACAAAUAUGUAAAUUAGUUUUACUUUUAUCUUCUUGGAUAAAAAUUUCAAUUUUAAAAGAGAGUCUUUACGUAUUCAAAUCAGUAAAAACUAUAUUGAUUAUUUGCCGAGCGAAUGCUGCAUGGUUAACAAGCAACUCGUACAUUGUUGAAUAUGUGCUUUCAAAAUAAUAUAAACUAUAAUUAUUGUUGUAAUAAAAAUUAUAUAUUCUAAAAUUAUCAUUAUUAGAAUAUUAAAAUUAUCAUUAUUAGAAUGGUAUGUUCCAGAAUGGUUUCUUCCAUUAACAAUUUAAUUAAGGAAUUAUAUUUUUUGAUAAUGUUACAUUUUAUAUUUUAAAUAUAUUUUCAAUGAAGUAAGUGAAAACCCUAAAUUUAAAUAAUGUUACUAAAUGUAAAAUAAAAUAAUAUUGUUAAAUCCACAAUAUAAAUUAACCAACAUGUGUAUUGACAUUAUUCGGAUAAAUAAUUUAUAAUAAAUCGCUAGCUAGCAAAUGAAAAUAUUCGCAAUUAAGCUAGCUAUCAACAAAAUUAGCAAACCAAUUAAACAUCUUUACCAUUCAUUUACCAAUGUAUUUGCUCGGUAGAAGGUUAGAUACUUUGCUGGUAUGAAUACUUUCUUUAUUGGGUUUUAUUAAAAUAAUUUUAUUAUAUAAUUCAAACCCAAAUUAUCGAUUGAGCUUAAUGAAAACUUGAUCGGUUCAACCGUUUUUGAGAUUCAAUGAUCUCGGAUGCUUGCAAGUCGCAUACUGGCUUUGCGUGUUUAUUUGGCGCGAGUUACUGCCGUAUCUCUUGAUUUAUCUUAAUACAUGAGUGAUAUCAUAUUUUGUCAUAUACUCUACGAAAGAAAAGAUUCAUAUGACUUUUCAUUUCAUUACUCAAUAUGGUUGUAAUUAGGAAAAGUUUUAAUCAUACGCAUGUACAAAAAGAGUACGUUAAAUUUAUUUAUAAAUUACGGAUGUCAUUCAACGAAUUGUUCUUAAAAUCCAUGGUUUAUCAUGUUUUCAGAGAAUUAUUUCUUUGUUACUGUUAGAAUUUACUUGAUACUCGAGAAAUUUGCAAUUAUUUAUAUUAUAUUGUACAAAUGUCUCAAUAUCUUACUAAAUAAAUGUUUUCCGAAAACGCAA